CCAAUGCACAGGAUGAGAAGUUAGCUACUUUAUCCAAGCCGAAUCCUAGAUUUGCACCAAAGCAAGGUCGGAGUGCCGUAUGUCCAAUUUACGUACAUCAGAGAAGAUAAACACCCCCGGCAUAUCCCCACCUUUCAACCUCAAACAGAUCUCUUCUCCCAAAUCCUAAAACACAAAAUGGCAUCCUCACAACCAGCCCCCUCAACCCUAGAAAACGGCCUCCCCGAAAUCCACCGCUACAUCACAACCACCAACCCAUCCGGCCAAGCCGUCCUCUCAACCACUAUCCCCACCCCCAGUAUCUGGACCACAAUCGGCACCGCCACAAAAUUCUUCCUCGCAUACACCACGCGCGUCUUCCCCGUACACCUCUCCCGCUCCUCCUCAACACCGCCCGAUAUCUCCUCCUACGCAUCGGACCUUGCUUCUCCGCCGGGUCUGUCCAUCUCGACGGGAACGGUGAUGAGAUAUGUGGAUAUGGCGCCGGGGAGUCUGAGUCCGAUGCAUGUGACGAAGAGUUUGGAUUAUGGGAUUGUGAUUGAGGGGGAGGUGGAGUUGGUUCUGGAUGGGGGGAGAGGAGGGGGGACGAUGCAUGCGUGGCGGAAUGCGAGUGAGGAGGCGUGGGCGAGGAUGGUGUUUGUAAUGGUCGGGGCGGAGGGGGAGGGGUUAGUUGAGGAUUUGGGGGGUGCGGAGGGGGUUCGGGGAGGUGAGUGA